CCGAGCUAUCUGGUUGGCACUCGUGUCGAGUCGGGACACUUGUAUUCGAAUUGACGUCGCACAUCUCUCGUUUCUACCUCGUUUUGUCCUCGUGUUUUACGCUGAUCGUACUCACGUCAGUUUUAUCGUUGAGUUUUGUGCUCCGUCCGAUUGUAACGCGCGAUCGACACCGGGCAGUUUCUUCGCUACAAAGGAAGUUAGACAGUGCGUUUUUUUUGUGAUGUGCAUGAAAACGAUGAGCCACUUCAAGAUGACGAUCGCCUGGGUCUGCCUCAUCGGCUUGUUGUGUUCUACGGCUGUUAAAGGAUCGAAGUCGACCCUGGUCGUGGACAUCGAACCUAAACGACAGACCGCGGUACGGCUCGGGGAGAGUUUGCAAAUUUUGUGCAGAGUCGGUAGACCUCUUCAAGUUUGCCGCGUCGAGAUACCUGGCGAGGGUGGCGGCCUAGUUUUAUCCAAAGGACAACUGCCCGAAGAUGGUAUCGAAUAUUACGGCGAGGGCACCGAGGUGGGCCAAUGCGGAGUUAACAUUGCCAAGAUCAAGGAGAGCCACGACGGAAUGUUCAAGUGUACUUUGACACCCACCGAUAACAGGGCGGAGGCGGAAGCAUCUAUGAGGAUCAUCGUUGCCAAACCGCCGAACAGUCCUGAACUUCACACGAGUCCUGGUUCAUACGGCACAAAUACCUACAGAAAAGGAGAGAAACUGGAAGUAAGUUGCAUCGCACCAUCUGGACGACCGGCAGCGAACGUUUCGUUAUUUCUUGAUGACGAACCCAUUGGUAACGAAGAGAGACCCACGAUUUACGACACAAGCAUGGACGACAUCUCAUUGGCCGUGCAAAAUGCGACACGAAGCCUGGAUUGGACCGACAAUGGCAAAGUCCUUCGUUGCGUAGCCAGUCAUAUCGCUCUGGACAAACCUAAGGAAACCACUAUGCAAUUGAUAGUAUACUAUCCUCCGCAACCGCAGCCAACCAUCGAACGUUUUGGAUACGUAAUUGGACGUCAGGGCAUCGUGAACGUAACCGUUUAUGCGAACCCUAAACCACGCUUUCUGUGGCGAGUGAACGAUGAAAAGAUCAACGAGGGCUUUCCCGACGACAGCAACCGACUCGAAACUUCGACCGCCGUCGAUCUGGGAAGAGGAGCGUGGAGCGUGAUUCUCACGAUCGACAGCGUUCAGAAAUCCGACACGGAAAAGGAGUAUAUCCUGGAAGCUCACAACCACGAAGGAGCUUAUGAAUACCGUAUCGUUUUGUCGACCUCCACAGAGCCAGCAGGCGUUGAUUUAGACGCUGGUUCCAUCAUUGGCAUUGUCGUCGGGGCCCUGGUGCUAGUUCUCGUCGUUUUCCUACUAAUAUUUGCCCGCGCGACCGGACGCUGGUGCUUCGCAGCGAGGCGUCGGGGCGACGAGGAAGCUGCGAGCGGUGUCGGCGCCGGAAGCGAGACGCACAUCACCCCCGGGGACGAGGACGACGAGGAUCACGAGGACCCGCGUAUCAUCGACGAGAAAAUGCCGCAGGGUGGCCAGGAGAAUCCGAUACACGCGAGCACGGAAUACGUGAACGGCCGCACGGAUGUCAAGGAACCGAAGAAGGACGAAAAGACGGAUACACCUGUUUAAGGACGGUUCGCCGCGCGACGGUCGUUCCUUCCAGUGACGCGGGAAUAAACUGUCGCCGUUCCUCGAUUUGGUUCGACGACCCUUUGCGCUGUCCUGUCUCGCUGGGAAAUUUCAUUCGCGAUACUUGACGCGUUGCUCCAAGGUCGUUGAACGAAUCGAACGAUCCCACCUGAAACGAAUCCGAAAUCGGGAAUACGUCGCAGGAGCGAACAUUUUUCUUUCAUUGCCGACAAAACUUAGAAUCUUAAUGGUCAAAUUUAGAUCUGAUCUGGUACAAAUGUUAGCGUUUUUUAUUUAUUAUUUUCCGUCGACGGAACACCGAAGAUCUGAUCCUGCACAUUGAGUUUGCCUUAUUUGUCUACCUUUUUUUUUUCUCUUUCAACAUUUUUUUAGACAUUCGCGAACGACAUUUAGUGGCUUCGUUUCGGAUACAUCGGCCAUUUUCCUUCACAAUAGAUAGAGAGGAAAUUUUAGACUAAAAUUGAAAAUAAAAUUAUAUGAAAAAUAUAAAAUUAUAUGUGCAAUCAUGUGCGAAUGUUUUGGAGCUCGAGCUUCGCUUUAGAGAGGGAAAACGACAAAAAUUUAAAAUAACUUUUGCACAUCACUGCAAAAUAGCUGAUAAUAUGAAUUGUACUUAAAGUUAAAGACAACUAACGUGAAUGAUAUUGUUUACCUAAUCUCUAAAUACUCAAAACGUAAAGUCACUGAUAAAGCAAACAAAGCCAUCGAAUAUCGUUUGCAUCGACUCGAUUACGGUUAUAAAUUAACAACAAGGAUGCAUUUUAUUUUACACGUUGAUAGUUGGAUACUUUCGUGUUCCUCCGUCCCCAGUGAUCGCGACACAUUCGAGCACUUGUUUCUUUUCGAACCAACGUAUCUUGGAGACACUCGAAUCGGUACACAACAAUCUUAUAUUAUUUCUAAAUCUACUCAUUAUUUUAACUAACAUUGUACGGUAUAUCGCAGUAGCCGAGACGCCUUGCGAUGAUACAAAGUGUCUCGAAACCCGUUGUCAGCCUGAAAUCUCAAUAGUUUAAGGAGGGACGAGUUUCACAAUCAGUGCGUAUUUAUUUUAAACGAGUUAUUUUAAUUCGAGGACAAAAGCGAGAUGCAAUCGUGUACUGAUUCCUGUUGGAUCCGAUCGUAUUUCGUUCAGCUUCCUUGCUUUUCCACGAUUUCGUCUCUUCUGAUGGGAACUUGUGCGUAGCUUAAAACCACAGCACGAUUCUCCGUUCAUCGACGAUCGGGAACGAUCCCUCGAUGCCUCGUCACUGCGCGCGAAAAAUCGCUCUCCUGUUGCCACGGUGUAAGUUUUGUAAAUAGAAUGUUUCAAAGCGAUGCGCCCGCGUCGUUCUGAGCCUGGCGAGCGUUCCGCCGCCGUUCUUUCUUCGCGGGGGGAUCACCAUCGGGGAAAUUCGCUUGGGUCAAGAUAUUUACACACUACUAAUACAAACUUGUACGUCGUUCGAUCGUUAACUGUUCGAGGAUCGUGGAAUAUAUACUGACGAAUAUAUUUAAUAUUCAUCGAUUGAAUCAAAAAGCAUCGUUUUACUCGUGUCGUCGACGAUUCGUGACAAGUAUCGUCCUCGAAGAGUUAAGGGAUCGAGCGAUCGCUAAGGUAUAUCAUUAAGUAACACGUGUUUACGAGCUGUCCUUAAAUUGUACCGUUCUACUCUAGGAGAUGAUACUCGAUUCUUAAGUAAGACUUCUGAACUCUGCAACUUUCGAUUUCGUUCCCGUGAUAGGGAACGACGAUCCGGGGAUUCGAAUAUCGAAAUCGGGAGCGAGAGGCUGUCGAUCGUUGACGCCCGUUAUCGCUACGGUAACACGACUAUUAACGAAGAGCAUUUGACGCUUCCGCAGCCGAAGAUUCUACUUCGCGACUGAAAAUGAUCAAAAUGUAUAAUAUUAUCGUGCUUGCAACCACUCGUUUGAAAUUAAAUGAAAUUCACGGCGUCGCGUAUUGGAUAUAGAAAUAUUCGGUAAUUGUUUAGAAGUUUGUCCUUCUCACCGUUUUCCUGAUCUUGAAAUAUGUUGUCAAGGUCAUCAUUUUGAACAACUUUUUUGGCCUUCGUUUUCCAAAUAUUCGUAAAAAUAUUUUUCUUGCCGUCAUUCAUCGACUAUCGAUUCAAAUCCGCAAUUUCAGACAUUUUUUUCUCUGCAACAAGGAACAAGAAUAUGGAACUUCGUUUCAUGAGCCAUGCGGAGCAAUAAAUAAAACAUCCCCCACGACUUGAACAGUAACAUAUUAAAUUCGUUUUGCUGACUAGGGGGCUGCGACCCCCUAACAACUACACUAACUGAUACCGAUACUCAUUUUUAAUAUAAUAUAUCUCGGAAACUAAGGCCGAACGGCGGUAACAUGUAUAGGGAAAAGUUGUUCAGAAUAGUGAGCUUGACAACAUAUUUCAAGGUCAUCGAAAUCGGUGAGAAGGGCAAACUUUUAAAUAAUUACCAAAUAUUCUAAUUCGAGAGGGUUUUAAAAUCUAUUGCAUAUAUUUGAAAUAAUAUUUUGAAAUCGAGAACAGAGCGUUUUGGUAUUUUUCUGUUGGAGAAACUACAAAAUAAUCUAUUUCCUUGCAAAUAUCGAUCAAAAUUAGAUCAACGGCUGCGAACGUGUAAAAGGAACGAAUACGGGAGGACCGAACAAAUCAAAUUGUUAGUUCGACAUUUUUCUAAUGGACGCAUCGACGUCAAAGGGGCGGGGGAUAUUCAACAAAAUAUACUAGAUCGAAUUGCGCGCGCACGAUAAAUAGAAAUUUCCACGCUUUGUAAUUCUUUAAAGAACGUUUCCCAGAGAUUCAUUUUAAAUAUUCCGUAACAACGAAGGAUCGUUUCGAUGGUUAAAAUUUUUACAAAGCUUUUAGAUAAACGUCACGUUUUUCUUUCCUUUAUAAUCGCGAUUGACAAGAAUGAAUUAUUAUCACGGAGAAACGAUUUACGUGCACGUGCGAGGAAAAUCUAUUAAUAUCACGCCGUUACCACGCUCGAAGACAAACGAACACAUUCCACGAUGUAGCUUUCGUUCGUAACCGGAUUCUUUUUUUUUUAUUCGAACAUACGUGUUGACUGACGCGUGAUCGUAUCGACUUUCGUAAUUUACAACAUCUCUUGAACAGUAUUAUUUGUAUUGAAACCGCGCGGUGGCCCGAAACGAGGCUAUCUCUUUCAGUUUCGAUUUUGGGGCUUGGUAACCCCCAUUCGAACGAUUCAACGACAAUUUCUUUUACACGAAUGCUAUUAUAAUACUCCGCGAUGUUUUUUAUUUUAAAAUUGUUAACCCUUCGGGAAGUUCCAGUCCCGAAUAAUCGUUGUCUCCCCUCAUUACUUCACCCUGUGAAGUCGGAGUCUUAACGAAUUUUUCAAACGUUGCAUCGUUUUUUAACCAUUUUUAUUAAGAAAUAUAAAACAUUAAAUGUUCAUGAAAUUUUUAUAACACUUUUUCGCCGCAUAUAGAUAGCACAAGUAUGCCCUAGGUGUUCGCUAAAGAGUACGCAUAGAAAGGAUAGAAUUCGAAAGAAUAAUGCCAAAUUUCGUAUCGAAGGGUUAACGUAAACAUUUUUACUUUUAGUCAGUCCAUCCACCGUUCAUAUUUUUUAUAUGCUCGCGUAACGACGAAGAUUCAAAACAUUCACCUCGGAAAACACUUUUUUAAACAGAAUUUUAUAUUACGAAUUUAUAUUACGAACGAUCACCGUGAAUUCAUCGAGACAUUAGUGUUGGGCAAAUUUUAAUCAAAGUAACGAUUGACGAUUACAUUAGUGGAAUAUUCUUUUUUUACGAGCGCAACAAAUUUAACUAUACAAGAAUAUAUUCCUGUACGUUUAAAGUUGAAAAGAAAUAAUAAAGUUAUAUUUUUUGUUCGCCCGUCAAUGUUAUUCGAAAGUUUGGAUGAAAGUGUUUCAACUUUUGCUGACCUCGAAGCUAUUCUUUCAGAAUAUAUUCUUAAAUAAUUAGAUUUUCAAUUUAUUGAACUCGACACCAUUGAAGAAUAACCAUUAAUUUGAUGAACGAUCACUGGAAACAAUGAUUAACCCUUUCAGACUUGACAAUAAUUUUGUAUUAAACUCGUAAAAUUAGUAUAUUUUACACAUUCGAAAUUUGUGUAUAACCGUUUAAGCGUCUAAUGUUCAAGACAGGAAAGGGUUAAUUUAAUUUUCGAUCAGCGAUUAAAUUUUCAAUCGUACUGUCUAAAUCGAUUAAUUAGUUGAUAUUAAUCGAUUUAUGUCCAACUCUGCCCACAGCCAAAGGCCAUCAUAUUUCACAAACGUUUUAACGUAAGAUUUAUCAUAGGAUCGAUACGAGUCCAUCGACAAAUAGACAAGACGUAUUCCGAGCGAAGAAUUCGUACGAGUCUCGUAUUUUCCCCUUCGUUCACGACGGAAACAGUAUUUGCAAGUAUUUUCCCGUUAACGCCUUUUUAAUGAGAUUACAAGGUACCGCGCACCAUUUUCCAUCGUCCUGCACCCCGACGCGACGCCUGUUCUUGUGUGUCCCGACUUUUCGAUCGAUAUCUUUUUUUUCCUUCGUUUCACGCGCGAAAGUCCUUUAACAGAUAAUUUUAUCGCUUUGCAUUAUCUCCGAUGCGCUAAUUUAGGAGCAUUCGAAGACAAACCGUAUUCGUUUAAGAUCGGAACGAAUAUUCGUCACGUGCAAGUGAUUAACUAACGUGGAAUAUAGCUUUUUGUAAUUAACGUGUUCGAACGCGUGAAUGGGACGUUAUUCGUGGUAGAACUAAAAAAUUAACGACUCCUCCGUACGUAGAAAAGUGAAAUAAAUGCGUAUAAAUCUUGAUUCUAAUGUAUUAUUAAUCUUCGAUUCUUUAUUUCGAUUCUUCUUAUUUUUUGAUCGUCAUUGUCAUCAUAAAUGACUCGAUAGAAAUUAAUUGUGACCGACAGAAAGCAAACGCGUAUUCCAAAAAUUUUCUGAUCCGACCAAUCGCGUCCCAUUUUACAGAAUUCAUCGAUCGCAAAUGUCGUGAUUCGCGAGAGCACAAAUGAUCGACACCGAAGUUUCGUUCAUUGUUUGACAGAAAAGAGAAACGCAAGAGACGCAAGAAUAAAGCUAGCGUAAACCCAUAAGACUAACCGCGACUGGAAUACUUUUGAGAAGUCAGUUUCGUAAUUUCAUUAUCAUUCCCGUCGACAAUAAGCGUUGUUUGUACUUUUCUACCGAUGAUCUUUGCUUAGCUCGGUCGUCGCGAGAACGUGAAAAACGAAGAGCGAGAUUGCACUUACACACGUACACAGGACACGUACACAUGUACACAUUACAGAGAAAAGAAUUUCACGAACGUAGGUCUCCACGGCGUCGUACAGAGGGAAUAAUUAAACUAAGCACCGUUAGAAAAAGAAAAAAAAA